AUGGCCAACGCCGAGGCGAACCAAAAGACCGCCAUCGAGGGGGCGGACAUCGCGGACGUUGCGCCAGACCCUGUGACUCCGACGACAUCGGUUGAGGAAGCUAAGCGUGCUUCAGACGAGUCGUCUGCCCCGAGCCGAGAUGUCUUGUACGCCGCUGGAGUUGGUCUAAGACCCGAUGAUCCUUCCUUGCCUUGCCUGACUCUUCGGAUGUGGAUAAUUGGUAUUGGGUUCUGUUUACUCGGUAGCGGUGUCAACACCUUGUACACGUUCCGAUUCCCGUCCAUCAGUCUCUCCCAGUCAGCCAUCCAAUUCCUGGCCUACCCCGUCGGCAAAGCCUGGGAGGUUGUCAUUCCCGACUGGGGGUUCAACAUCAGAGGCCACCGCGUCAGCCUGAACCCGGGCCCGUUCAAUUACAAGGAAAACAUCCUGGUCUAUGUCAUGGCCAAUCUCAGCUUCCUGACCCGGCUGAGCGCCGACGUGUUGACCGAGCAGCGCGUGUUUUACGGACUGAAGGCCGGAUGGGGAUUUGAACUUACUGUUACGUUGGCCACGAUUCUCUAUGGCUUCGCUUUGGCUGGAUUAUGCUAUGCCUUGGUCGUUGAGCCUCCGGGCUUGCUGUGGCCCGGUGUGCUUGGGAACACGGCUCUCAAUGCCGCACUGCACUCCGGCAAGAGAGAGGACGAGAAUGAGGCAAAAUGGACCACCUCUCGCUACAAGUUCUUCAUGCUCGCCUUCAUUGCCUCCUUUUGCUGGUAUUGGCUCCCAGACUUCAUCUUCCCAGCACUGGGCUACUUCACCUGGGUCUGCUGGAUCGCUCCGCAAAAUGCGGUUGUCAAUCAAGUGUUUGGCAUGAAGAGCGGCAUCGGUUUGUUUCCAUUCACGUUCGACUGGAGCCAAAUUGCAUACAUUGGUUCUCCGCUUGUGGUGCCCACGUGGGCGAUUCUCAAUAUCCUGGCAUCACUGGUAUUCUGGAUCUACAUCAUUUCUCCAGCGCUUUACUACUCAAACACUUGGGAAUCAGCCUAUUUGCCCAUCCAAAGCAACUCCAUCUAUGAUAACUUGGGAAAGACAUUCAAUGUCUCCAAGGUUAUCAAUAAGAAGGACGGAUUCACUUUCGACCCUGUCAAGUACGCAAACUAUUCAGACAUCUACCUCCCCAUCACCUAUGCCCUAAACACCUUUGGUCUCUCCUUUGCAACAAUCGCCUCACUCUUCGUCUGGCUGUUUCUCGAGAAACGUAGACAUAUCGCGGCUGCUUUCAGCUCCACUCAGCUUUCUGCUCUCUUCGGGGGAAAGAUCAUUCCGAGACACAACCCCCAGCCAGGAUACAAGGCCGUACCGCUAUGGUGGUACUGGGUGGCUGCGCUUCUUGCUCUGGGCUUUGGGGUGUUUGCUUGCGAGUUCUAUCCGGUUCAGCUUCGCUGGUAUGGGGUAAUCCUGUCAUUUUCAGUGUCUGCCAUUUUCUUUGUCCCUCUUGCCUGGGUCUACGCAACAACAAACAUGAAGAUUCAGAUUGACAUCUUUUGUCGCAUCAUUGCAGGAUACAUCUGGGAGGGCAAGGUGCUAGCUAAUAUUUGGUUCUUCAACCUCGGCUACAUCUCUGGCAUCAAAGGCCUGGCGUUUGCACAGGACCUGAAACUCGGCAUCUACUGCAACGUGAGUCUC